UUUGAACGUUUUUCGUAACAUCUUUAACAACCAUAUAUUCAUCAUCAUUCAAUUUGUUGUCAUUACGGGUCAAUUCGUUAUUGUCCAAUAUGCCGGGAAAGCUUUUGGCACUGUGCCACUUAACCAUUAUCAAUGGCUCGUUACCAUAUUGAUCGGGUCUCUUUCUCUGCCCGUGGGUUUAAUAAUCAGGCUUAUUCCCAAUAGUUGCUUACCAGAAAGUGCUAUAAAUGAAGAUUUUAAACCAAAGAUCAGCAUAGAAAAGAGGAGGUGGGAAGCUGCCGGGUCAAAAGUGAUGCAAAUGAAUAUUUUCACGACCGUGAGAAAACAUAAGCCCAAGUCUCUUCCGGGAAGUAGAAAUAACAGUUUGGCCAGUAUAGCUUUACAAGCGCUUAAAAAAAAAUAA